AAUUAAAUAAAAUAAGAACAAAUGAAAUCGGAUCAGAUACAAUUUUAACCCCAAAUCAAAAAUUAGCUUUUUAUGAUAAAGAAAUACCCAGAAGAAUCGGUGAAAUUAUUGAUAUUAUUUACAAUAAAGUUUUAAGUGAAAUCAACAACAUCAAAAACCUUGAAGAUUUUAUCAUCGAUUCGUACAGUCAUGGUAAAUUGACUGAAAAUGUUCUAGCUUUGGACAAACAAACAAGCAUCAAUACAAAAACGCGUGAUGAAAAAUUUUAUUUAAGAAAUUUUGAGAUCUAUUUGAAUUUUGUUAAAUUUAAAUUAAAUGAUGAAAAAACUUUUGAUAAAACAUUAUCAUUUCAUACCCAAGAAAUGAAAAAAUAUAUUGAUAAAAUCAUAUCUAUACAUAAAGAAAACAGUAUCGUGUAUUACCAGGUUAUUAUAAAUAGAAUGAACGCUUCUACAAACAAAGAAGAUUUUAAAGAUUGGGGUGAUUUUGAUCGGAGUAUUAAGUAUUUGGAUAAUAAAUAUUUAAAAGGAAAAAAAACCUCAGAUUUACAAGAAAUCAGGAAAAAAAAAUUACAAAUGUCUGAACCCACCAAUCCAUCUGUUAUUCCAGAAGAAGAUGAUAGACUUCCAUAUGAAAAAAUAGAAAUUACAGAAGACUGCAAAGCUGAAACUUUUGACACAAUCAUGGAUAAUUUUUGGGGUUUGAUUAAUGGACGUAAAUUUCAACAAGAAACUGAUACUCACACUCUUGAUCUUGUUAAAGAAAUAUGGGAAUUAUAUAAAAUUAAAGAUCCUAUGCCUAACAACCUAAUUCAAUAG